AUGGCGGAAAUACCGGAAAUGCAAAAACUUGUAAAGGAAGCUUCAGAUAUAAAAUAUAUACCUGGAGCCGCACUAAAAACCUAUUUCCGUUCGGCAAAUGCUUUGUUAAGACAGGCGAAUCGAUAUAGAGAAGAAAAGGACUUAAUCAACGCAUUUAAAUUUUAUGUGAGAUACGCAACGUUGACGCUCGAAAAGUUACCUCUUCACCCAGAAUAUAAGAAGCCCGAACACAAGGCUGGGAAAGUAGAGCUUGCCAAAAAUUCAAAGAUUGUUCUCGAUGAAAUUGAAAAGCUCAAACCUAUUAUUGAAGAACGCUUUCGACGUUCUGCAGGAAAAGAAUUAGUAACAGAUGAUGUAUCUAAGGAGGAUCAGAAAGAUCAAACUCAAGAAUAUAAUAAUGACUAUCAUAACGAUGAAAAUGAUCAAAACAGGGAAUAUAGCAACCAAAAUGAUUAUCAAAGAAGUUAUCCAAGUCAGGGGUAUCAAAGUCAAGUUUCGGAAUCGUCAUUGGAUCUGGUGGAACAGCUUAAAGAUAUCCAUUUAUAUUCGACAUCUUCCGAAAUAACUGAACCAGAAGAACAAUCGCAACAAAAGGUUCAUUACCCCAAUGUUUCAGAAAGAAAUCAAAGUGAUGGAUAUCAAUAUUCUGCACAUAAGCCGCGUGUAGUAUCAUCAGCGGCAUUGAAAUCUUAUGAAGCUCCAGCAUUGCCGCCCCAAAUGCCACCGCAAGUAUUAUCUCGUCAAAUACCGUCUUCAAUAAUGCCAUCUCCAAUAUCAUCCCGACAUAUAACACCUCCAGCAUUACCUCCAAAAGUGAGGAACGAGGCUCCUAAGUUACCGCCAAAACCGAAUGGAUAUAGUACUGAAGAAUUAAAUAAAUAUGUUAAUUACGAACAUCCUAAAGUCAAUAAGGAUUACGAUUUGUUACCAGAGUAUCAAGCAUAUACUGAGGGCGGAGAGGGUCUUCGAAGAGUAUAUCUUCCUGAUAAUAUCUAUAAUACAUUUAUUAAAGUCGCUUCCAAAAAUACAGAAAGGAAUUUAGAAACGUGUGGAAUUUUGUUUGGUAGUUUGUCGCAUAAUGUCUUCUAUGUCACAACGUUAAUAAUUCCGAAACAAACUGCAACAUCUGAUACUUGCGAAGUAACUAAUGAAGAGGAUCUUAUUGAAUAUGAAGAGAAAGGAUUGAUGAUACUUGGUUGGAUACAUACACAUCCAACACAGACUUGCUUCAUGAGUUCGAUGGAUCUACAUACACAUUCUUCAUUUCAGGUCAUUUCUCCUGAAGCAAUAGCUAUUGUAUGCGCUCCAAAGAAAUACCCAAACUUUGGUAUAUUUCGUCUCACAAAUCCGCCGGGAUUACAAAAAGUGCUUGAGUGUACUUUAAGAGGUUUUCAUCCCCAUGAGUGUGACGCACCUAUUGAAAAAGAUAUCACAGAGAAUGGCCAUAUUGUGAUGAAAAAAAUGGCCCUUGAAGUUAUUGAUUUACGUUGA